AACCUUCUGUGAGAAAUUCUCACUUACUUUUCUUCUUAAAAUUUUCAAGAUUCAUUUUUGUUUUUCAAGUCAUUUAUUGAAUUAAAAUUUUUUGUUUUUUUUUUUUAAAUUUAAGAUUGAAUUUUAAUCAAACCCAGGAUUUUUUCAGCACAAAAAUUUGAUACUCUGACACCAUGAAAGAAGAACAAAGCUCACUUCUUCUCAAAUCCUCCUCUCUCUUUCCUCCUCCUCAAGGAGUAAAGCUAUCAUAUGGGACAGCAGGGUUCAGGGCAGAUGCAUCAAUCCUAAAAUCAACAGUUUACAGAGUUGGGAUAUUGGCUGCUUUAAGAUCACUCAAAACUCAAUCAGUGGUUGGAUUGAUGAUCACGGCUUCACACAAUAAAGUUACUGACAAUGGAAUCAAAAUUGUUGACCCAAGUGGUGGAAUGCUCUCUCAAGAAUGGGAACCGUUUGCUGAUCAACUUGCCAAUGCCCAAACUCCUGAAGCUCUCCUCUCACUCAUAACAGAAUUUGUAAAGAAGGAAAACAUCCCGUUAGAUGGAGUGCAAUCAGCAAAGAUAUUGUUGGGAAGAGACACACGGCCUAGUGGACAAUCUCUCCUGGAAGCUGCAAAGCAGGGAAUAAGUUCAAUUUUUGGAGCUAUUGCACUUGAUUUGGGAAUUUUAACAACCCCACAGCUGCAUUGGAUGGUUCGUGCUAGGAAUAAAGGCCUGAAAGCGACAGAGCCUGCCUACUUUGAACAAAUUUCAAGCUCAUUCAGGUGCUUGAUAGACUUGAUCCCAAAUGAAACCAAAUGCAACAAGACUGACAACACAGUGGUGGUUGAUGGGGCUGAUGGUGUGGGUGGAGAUAAACUUGAAGUUUUGAAAAAUAUGUUGACUGGUUUAGUUAUGGAGGUUCGUAAUUUUGGUAAAGGUGGCGGUCUACUGAAUGAUGGGGUUGGUGCUGAUUUUGUACAGAAAGAGAAGGUUGUUCCACGUGGAUUUGGUUCCGAUGAUGUUGGAAUAAGGUGUGCAAGUUUGGAUGGUGAUGCUGAUCGCCUUGUAUAUUUUUUAGUACCAACCAGUGGUAAUAGCAAAAUUGAUCUUGUUGAUGGGGACAAAAUAUUAUCCUUGUUUGCAUUAUUCAUCAAGGAGCAGCAAAGUAUUCUGACCAAGGAGGGCAAUGAAAAAUCAAAUAGUAAUUUUCAAGCUCGUCUUGGCAUUGUACAAACAGCUUAUGCAAAUGGAGCAUCCACCGAUUAUCUCAAACAGUUGGGUUUAGAAGUCAUUUCUACUCCUACAGGGGUAAAACACUUACAUGAGAAAGCUGCUCAAUUUGAUAUUGGAAUCUAUUUUGAAGCCAAUGGUCAUGGGACUAUCUUGUUCUCAGAAUCUUACUUAUCUUGGUUAGAGGCUAGGAAAAAUGAGCUCGGUUUGGUGUCUGAAGGAUCUGAACAGCAGAAAGCUGCUUUAAGACUACUCUCAAUCAGUAAUUUGAUCAAUCAAGCUGUUGGAGAUGCUUUGAGUUGUUUGCUUUUGGUUGAGGCUAUUUUGCAACAUAAGGGUUGGUCGAUACAUAAAUGGAAUGAACUUUACCAAGAUUUACCUAGUCGACAGCUUAAGGUCAAAGUCGUAGACAGAACAGCUGUUGUCACAGCAAAUGCGGAGACUCUGGUUGUGAGCCCCCCUGGCAUUCAAGAAGCCAUUGAUGCUGAAACUGCAAAGUACCCUAAAGGCCGGUGUUUCAUACGGCCAUCAGGUACAGAAGAUGUCAUUCGUGUUUAUGCAGAGGCGUCCACACAAGAAGCUGCAGACAGCUUGGCCAACUCUGUUGCAAAAGUUGUUGAUCAAUUUCUAGGAUUUGGCAGCUCUGGACAGUAAGCUUCCCAAAAAAAUUUUUAUAAUGUAACAGAAAGUCACAAGAUUUCAAAAAGGUGGUUCUUAUUUAACCUACUUAAUCUAGUUGCAGAGUUCAUGAUUCACUACCGGAGUUACAGAUAACUACAGAUACUUUAUACUUUCUAUUGGUUUUAGUAAAAUUUGUCAUCCUACAUGUAAUCUGUAAUUCAAGUAGAUUACAUUUAAUGUUAUGUAGAUUUUGCUAUGGUCAAACUUAAGUAUCAUAAAAUUAUAUUAAUCUCACAACAUUUCAAGAAACAUGAACUCUUCACACAGUCACUUCUUUUGGGAUGAUUCAAACAUGCAUUCGUUUAUUAGCAGACAAAAAAAAAAAAA